AUGUCGAUUAAGCAACAGUCAGCAAAUGAAUCUCAUACACAUUUUCAUUCAUCUCCAUCUCCACCUCCUUUACCAAUGCCACCUUCUUCACCAUCAUUGUUGAAAGUUAACAAAUCGACGACUCCACAAGUCGCUAAACAAAAUGAUGAACGUGAAAAACUAUUUCUCUUGUAUGAAAGUGGUGGAACUAUCAUAGGAGAUGACUCUGCGGCUUUAGCAAAUAUGCAACAUCAACGUUUAUCCGACACAGAUACAAAUUGUAUUGAUCAUUACGGAUUUAUUCAUGAAAAACCACUCACAACAAUCCCAGUUAAUGAACGAAAACAAAUUCAUAUGGAAAGAAAACGUAGUGAACGAUGGCAAAAAAUGUUACAAAAAUGGACACAAUUCACUCGAAAAAGUGAACAAUUACGUCGACGUAUUUAUAAAGGCAUUCCAUCAUCUUUACGUAGAGCAUUUUGGUCAAAAUUAUUGAAUUUAGACGAACAACUACGUAUAAAUAAAGGACAUUAUGAACUAUUAAAAGCAAAAGCACGAUUAUCAUCUACAUAUCUUGUACAAAUUGAUUUAGAUGUUCAUCGGACAUAUCGAAAUCAUUCUAUGUUUUGUAAUCGAUAUUGUUCAGGACAAAAACAUUUAUUUUCAAUUUUAGCUGCAUAUAGUGUGUACAAUACAGAAAUAGGCUACUGUCAAGGCAUGAAUCAAAUAGUUGCAUUUUUACUAUUGUAUUUACCUGAAGAAGAAACAUUUUGGGCAUUAUCUCAAUUGAUGACACAAUCACCCUAUACCAUGUUUGGAUUUUUUGUUCCCUCUUUUCCGAAAUUAUUUCGUUUUCAAGAACAUUUUGAAAAAAUUAUGAAAAAAAUGUUACCAAAAUUAUACAAACAUUUUACUCAAUAUCAAUUAGAAAGUAAUCUUUUUACAAUACGAUGGUUUAUGUUAUGUUAUCUAGACUGUCUACCGUUUCAACUUGUCUUACGUAUAUGGGAUAUUUAUAUCUUAGAGGGUGAACAAGUAUUAUUAACAAUGGCAUUUUGUAUUUUAAAGAUAAAUCGAAAAAAAUUAAUUCAUUUAAAAACAUUUGAUAAUUUAAAUACAUUUUUAAAAACUGAUUUAUGUCAAAAUUUUGCUAAUACAACAUUGACAUAUGAUGAAAUAAUUGAAGAAUUAAAUGUUUGUCAUGAUAAAUUAAAACAAAAUGAUCUUUUACGUUUACCAACGUUGAGAGAAAAUGAAGUACCAUCAAAACCAUUUAAUAUUUCGAUGAGUGAUGUAACAACAUUAAACUUAGAAAUUGAAAAUAAAAGUGAUCGUCAACUACCACCACGAAUAAUAACAACAAAAAUGCCGUCAACAGAAGAGGCAAUAACACAUGAUACAUCUGUUGAAGAUCAAUAUUUAGAAAUAAAACGUAGUCAUCCACCUAGUGAUAAUAAUUUAAUAGUUGAUUAUGAUAGUUGUACAUUAUUAUCAAGUGCUGAACCAUCUGUAAUUGGUGUGGGAGAUGAACAACAUUAUCAUCGUGAUGGUGUCGAUGAUAUUAGUUCAUAUACAGAAAGUGAAAGUUCAAAAACAAUUGAUAUUGAUGAUGAACAUAUUCGUAUAUCAAAAAUGAUUACAACAACAUUUUCAAAUACUAAUACUACUAAUGAUGAUGAUGAUUAUAACUUAAAACGUUCACCAUCAUUUUAUGAUAAUGUUUCAGACAAUGAAGAUGAUGAUGUAACAAUAAAUGAUAAAUCAUCACACUAUUUUUAUGUUGCUCAAAAACCAAUAUCUGUUCAACAUUAUUUAUUCGAUACAGAUAUUAGAUAG